GUACACCUUUAAGGAGACCACUUGGAGGGAAGCGAGGCCUUUUAGUUCACGUACUGAGAAGAUUAAUCCCACGCCCGGCAGCUGGACACCAUCGGAGUUUACAGGGUGACACGUAUUAAGUUUCCAAAGGUUUGAUCUUUGCUGACAUUAUGACGGAAGCGGUCUUGGAGGAACAACGUGCGGCGUUUAAAACAAAUGUCGGGAUAGAAACUGUUCAGACAAAAUGGCGGAACAACAGUGUCAACUGGCCAUUGCCUUUGUUGGAUUGACUUUCUACGGUGAAAGAAGACUAAACUGGAGAAACUGCCCGAAAUUUAAGCGCAAAAUCAUUCUUAGUGGAAUUCAUGGAGCAAUUGACUUGGGAACACUGACCGCUCUGAUGGGUCCAUCCGGCGCCGGCAAGUCAACACUACUAAAAUGCAUUAACUGGCGGCAAAUGAGCGAGGUGGACGGCUCAACAGAUUUUUUACGAAGACCCGCAUAAUGUUAUCCAGACCAGCCUGAUCGUACAGGAUGUAAAGGAGCAUCUACUUAGCGGCUUUACGUGUCGUGAAUCACUUAUCUAUGCCUGGAAGCUGAAAAAUAAGCGGCAUAGUCUCGACAACGACGUAAUCAAUAAGAUACUGAAGGAGCUGAGUCUUGAACAACAGCAGGACACCCAGGUGGAAAAAUGCAGCGGUGGCGAGCAAAAAAGAAUCGCCAUUGCUAUGGAGCUGACCAAAAUACCUGGACUGCUGUGUCUUGAUGAGCCAACUAGCGGUUUGGACAGCUGCGCGGCCAAAGAAUUAACACAAUACCUGAAAAAGAUUACUGUGAGCUACAACAUCGCUGUAUUAGCUAGUAUCCAUCAGCCCUCGAGUGAAGUAGUAGACAUGUUUGACAAUCUUUAUGUGCUGGCGAAGGGCGGGCAUUGUGUGUACAAUGGUUCCCCGCGGAUGUUAGCAUCGUAUUUGAGUCGAACUAUUGGACUGUCUGUCAAUCAAGGUGAUAAUCCGCUUGAUCAACUGAUACAUAUCAGUUCCAAAUCAAACAACGGGACUGUCCAACGUCUGGCAACCCAAGCAAACACCAGUAAGGCAGCUUUGGAAAAUCGACGGCGGCAGGAAGGCUGGCGUUUGUCAAACGGAAGUAGAACAUGGAAAGCGUGCAUUAACAGUCCUCCAACCUUUACCAGGCUGGAAAUUCUUAUCUGCCGCUUCGUAUGCCAUGCUUUUAAAGCUCGUAAGGCAGCCAUCACGGUGCAGAUUCUCCUGACAUUGUUGCUUGGAGUGUCGCUGACUGCUGACACAAAUGUUUAGCGAGGAUGUCGGCACUGAUCCUGUCUGCACUGAAGCUUUUGCAGUUCGGACAUGUAACGAGACGGUACCAAUCGCGCAGUGCUCUGUAUUUGGACCAUAACAUGAGGCUUCACUUUUUCGCGUUUCUUGCUUUACAGUUCUUGAUCACCGUGCCAACUGCAGUGCUUUUUACCAACGAAGUCCUGCUUUUCGUCAACGAGCACAGAAACGGUUGGUAUGGAACGGCAUCUUACUUCUGGGCAAGAACUAUUGUGGAGCUUCCAUUAUGCCUUGCAGUAAGCGUGGGCUAUGGUUUAAUUGCCUACCACCUCAGCAAUCAGAUCAACGACACAUCUCGCGCCGGAAAAUACGUUGGUGUUCUCUGCCUGGCGUCCCUUACUGCCCAGGGAAUUGGUUUGUUGAUUGGCACUUUGGCUCAUUCGAAAGCCAAUUUGGCCAAUGUCAUGUCAGUGGGCGUAUACCUGUUCAACUUGCUUCUCUGUGGAUUCUUUGCCCCCCUUGAUAACUUACCACCAGCAAUUUCCUGGGCGCAGUAUUUGUCCUUUUCUAAACAAACAUAUGAAUUGGAAAUGUACGUCAUUUACGGGUCGGAUCGCUGCCCGGAUGGGUUAGUGUCCAAAGCGUUGAUCAUCCUUGACAUUCAGGAUUACAGCGCCACCGAAUUAAACCUAUAUAUUCUGAUUGCUCACUUGGUUCUAGUAAGAAUUACGGCAUUUUUCUUUCUGGUGUGCAAGGCGAACCACUACAAACUGGAGCAGCUGAUUUACAAACUAAAGGUAUUGAUGCGUUGUUGUGCAUCGCGGUGUGGUGGAUCGUCUCGUUUAGUCGAAGACACCGUUUGAAAGCAAAGAAUGGUCCCAGUCUUUGAGGUUGGUGGAUAAUUAUUUCAAGGGAGCGCUAGAAAAACCAUAAUGGUUGUCGACUAUAACAACUGCUCGGAAAUGACAUAAUAUUUUUAUCGCAUUUGAUUCAAAGUUUUAUACCACCCAUCGUUCGGUAAAUUUAUUUCUCCUACAGAAAUGUUUUUUUAACCACAACGAUUUCAGUUGUAUUAAGUUAUGCUGACAUUGUUUUACCGGCAAUAAAUGGAGCAAUAAGUUGUUUUUGUUUUCUUUAUUCUGAAAAAGAAUUGUGUGUGUGUGUGUGUGUGUGUGUGUUAAAAUACCCAAAAA